CCAUCUUCUCUGACCUGGAUCGGUUCGGGUGCUCUGCUAAAUUUGCCCUUCGUACUCUUGAUCCGACCCGACCUCUUGCAGCGUUACCCGCUGGAUCGAGUAGUUCAAAAGGGGACCGAGUCUCACAGACUUACACGCAUUACUCCCGCGCCUUCUCUCGUUCGCUAUCCAUCUUCUCAGAGCCAUUGGCGCCGGCGAAGCGGUCUUUCCGGGCACUCCAUCCAAAGCUGAACCCACGAUCUUUCAGAGCCCCUCCAAACCCUUUUAUCGACUACUGAUUCCUUCUCCAAGCUCCUCGAGUUCCUACUCUGGUACAUGGUUUGGUUCUACGUAUUCUCCUCUCAAUUGUUCGACGAAAAUCCUCUGAGAAGACUCUUAUGUUUCUGGCUGUCAGAUGGAAUGGGCCAUUCCGAAAACCUGUUGGCAUUCUGUAUCUUUCUCCCUUCGCUUCCAUGUCCGGCUUCUUCCGUUCCACACUCACCACAGAACCAAAAAGCUUGCGGGCACCCCAGAAGAACCUAUCGGAGAUCUUUAAACCAACGGCACCCACAUUUGCCGAUUCCUCUUCCAGGAUUAGAAGGGCGUUGCAAUCCAACAAAUGGUCCGAGUCGGUGGAGAUGGAGUUGCAGCGGCUUGAUGUACAUUUGAACACCUAUAUUGUUAAUCAGGUACUAAAGAGCUUGUCGAAUUCCGAAACGGCCUUCCUUUUUUUCGUGUGGGCCGAAUCCCAGCCGGGUUUCGAGCAUGAUCACUUCACCAUCAAGUCUGUGAUCUGUUUGCUGCUGAAAGAUCAAGACUUUGAUCUUCUAUCGAAAUUUUUAGGAAGAAUAAGGAGCAGUGGGUUCUCAUUGCACCGUUCUGUGUAUCGGAUUCUAAUAUCUGGCUAUGCCCGGGCUGGUUUGAUAGAUUCAGCAAUUCAAAUCUUUGAUGAGAUGAUAGCUUCUGGUUGUCGCAUAUUUAGUGUGGAUUACAAUAAGUUUAUAGGUCUACUAGUUAAAAAUCAUUGCUUUGAUUUGGCUGAGAAGUAUUACAACAAGAUGAUCCCAGAGAAAUUUUCUUUGAGCUCGUUUACAUACUCAAGGUUCAUUGCUGGUUUGUGUGAAGUGAAGAAUCUUAGGCUUGUUGAGAGGCUCUUAGUAGAUAUGAAUAAAAUGGGGUCUGUCCCAGAUAUCUGGGCUUAUAACAUAUAUUUGAAUUCUUUGUGCAAAGAGAAGAGGUUGGAUGAUGCUGUUAUGGUGCUGCAAACUAUGAUUCAGAAAGGAAGAGAGCCUGAUGUUGUCUCUUACACCACAAUCAUCAAUGGUUUGUGUGUUAUUAGACAGUUUUCAGCUGCCAUAGAGCUAUGGGAUGAAAUGUUGAAAAAGGGGUUUAGGCCAGAUGGUGUUGCCUGUGGUGCAUUAAUAGUUGGUUUGUGUAACCAUGGGAAGGUUGAUAUGGCUUAUGACCUGACAAUGGGAAUGAUAGGGAUGAAGAUUGAGUUGAGUAUUCCUGUUUAUAAUGCGCUUAUAAGUGGAUUUUGUAAAGCUGGUAGAUUUGAUAAAGCCCAAGCAAUAGUGUCAUUCAUGCAAAGAUAUGGGUGCAAACCUGAUUUGGUUACAUGCAACAUACUUUUGAAUCAUUAUUGCAAUGAAAAUAUGCUGGAUGAAGCUAAGAAAUUGAUAAAAAAGAUGGAUGCGAGUGGAAUAUCCCCUGACAGGCAUAGUUACAAUCAACUAUUAAAGGGUAUUUGCAAGGCUAACCAGCUUGAAAAGGCUUAUGCUUUAAUAGCUCAUGAAAUGGAUGCUAUAGGAUUUUGUGAUGUUGUAUCUUGCAACAUAUUAAUUGGUGCACUCUGCAAGGCAAGAAACAUGGGAUCUGCAUACAAGUUGUUCAAGGAUAUGCGUUCUAAGGGAAUAAUUGCGGAUGCAGUGACAUAUGGUACUCUGAUUAAUGGAUUCUUUAGAGUAGGGCACCCUGAUCUAGCUGAGGAACUUUUUGAUCAGAUGCUUGAUGCUGGAGUGGUUCCAAACGUCAAUGCAUAUAAUAUUAUGAUACACCACCUUUGCAAGGCCGGUCGAAUGGAACUUGCUCACAAUUUUUUUCAUGACAUGAUCAAGAAGAGGAUAUCCCCUGAUGUAGUUUCCUAUGGCACUUUGAUAAAUGGACUCUGCAAGGCUUUCAGAGUAAAUGAAGCCAUGAAUCUAUAUGAAGAUAUGUGCAAGAGGGGAGUAACUCCUGAUGAUGUGACAUACAAGAUAUUGAUUGGAGGACUUCUAAAGGAAGGAAAGGUAAAUGCAGCCUGUAGGAUCUGGGACCAUAUGAUGGAGCGUGGCUUUACUCUUGACAGAUCAGUUUCUGAAAGACUGAUAGAGGCAAUCAAGUCUAAAAACACACAAGAUAUGAAUUAUAGAGAAGCAUCUGGAGAUUUCAGUCUCAGGUAAACAUGAUCAACUUGGUUAGUGGCUCUCAAGUUCAUGAAGAUGCAAGUCCAUAAGCAGGAGCAUUUUAUUCUCCAGGUGAGCCUGGAAAAGAAGACGGCUGUUGAGUGUGAUCGGAUAAUUUGUGAAGUAACUUGUCUUGGAUUCGGUGUUCUGGAGCCAAAUCUUGCAUACAGUGAUUAACUAAACCUCUGAGCAAGCAUGGGAGUGGAUACCAGUGCAAACGUGUGAAAGUGGACAUUUUAAAAACACUCGAAGAAGUAAGAAACUGGCUAGGAAGCAGGUGCAUUUUGAUUUACCACAGAGUUUCCAAAGCAGUAAGCUACUCUAGGUAGAAGUUUCCUGCUACAGAGGCUUUUUAGACGAUGCAUCAAUGGUCACCAUCCAGUAGAUUGCACUCCCUUUUAUUAUGAAUCCAUCUGGUCGUCAUCUAAUGUGAAAGCUACAGUCUACAUAUAACAGCCUUUUGAGAUGCGGGAACUAUACCUGCUUUGAAUCAUCAUAAAGGAUUUCUCUCCGACCACAAAGGCCAGCAGACAACCCGAGUAAUCCAGCAUUUGUCAAAGAUGCAGAUCAAGUUCGAAGUGUAAAUGUCUGGAUGGGGAUCAAUCAAAUGUCAGGACCAUACAGUUGGUCCCAAACUGAUGGGUUGAAUCUUUUUGCUAAUGCUUGUGUUGUUGAGGACAUCACAAGGCAAUAAUCAUGAUGUCAACUGUGCAAUAUGUUGAAUAAAAAUUAAAGAAAGGUUGAAAGAGUUUUAUACAGUUGUUUUUCAUCUGAGCCUCUGGUAUAUAAUUUACUUGCUUCAGCUUGAUAUAACCUCGAGCUUGAGGAUCUUUGGAUGCCUGUGACAUAAAUAGAGAAAGCACUUGGAAUGUCACUUACAGUGCAAUUAGUUACUUUGAAUAUCCUUUUUGUUAUUUACUCAUUGUUAUUUUGUGAUACAGAGUGCUUGUUUGUCUGCUAAAAUCUCAAAAAGGUUCUAAAAUCAUGAAAUGAAAUUCAAGUUUGAGUACAAUUUUUCACAUUCACUUUUUUUUUCCUCUAUCUUCUAUUUUUUUUUUUCUAUUUUGGUCUCCCUUUAACAAUCGAAUGCUAAAAGAUAAAAAGUUUUGUCAUGGUUUGUAGCCCCUACCUUAACCCAUACAGAACCACUGGAAAGCUUAGAAGUAUAAUCAUCUAGACGAGAAUUAAAAGUUGUAAAGACCAGGGAUGUUUAUGGAUCAAUAGGGCAACUAGAAUUUUUUUUGAAGGUUGAGAUUUGAGUUUGGUGUAAUUCAGGCUUUCUUGUUUCUCCGGUGGAGAACUCACUAGUUUCUAAAAGCUGGGAACAACCAAUAUCACUAGCUGGCUAACCUCGGUAAACAAUCCAUGAUUCAUUCACACCUUGGUAUUAAACUGCAUAGUUAACCAGCAAAAUUUGUUCCAGUUUACAAUUCAGUAAUGACUGACAUAAGUUAACAAUAUAUACAGUAAUGACUGACAUAAUUCAGUAGAUCACCUGGCUAGUCAAGCAACAUGUGGUGCGAAAUUAGCAAUCUCAAGCCAUUGGCAAAAUUUGACAUACACAGAUUUAUGGCCUCUUAAUAUGUUUGCUUUGUCAAACAAUGUUAAGACAUAAUUUGACCUGAAGUGGUCGUGAAUGCAAUGGUGGUUAAAUAGCUGAUACAAAACUAGGCCAGGAACAAAUCACUUUCACGACCUUGAAACAGCGAAAUUAAAAUCUACAAUCUCAUGGUAAUGUGUGAGCUUUUUUUUCCUACUCAGGGAUAUUGAACAGAAUGAGCAGACCAGCUUGU